GGAAAAAAGAGGAAAGCAAGUGAUCAGUUGAGUUGGAAUUUAACCUUACCAUAUACCAUCUUCUUUCGCUUUCCUCUUCCACACACUCUCCAGGCAGAAACACACAAUGCCACUCCAAAAUAACUCCCCAAAUAGCUAGCAGAGAGAGGGGAACUAUUAGAGUGAGCAAUGGGGCGGCGGCUGCUUGUUUUGCUUACCUUCUUCUUCUUCUUGUUCGUCGCAGCAUUUCAUGUCAGCCUGUCUGCAACUGAUCCUCGUGAUGGUAAGUAGUCAGAAUUCUGAAUACGGGUUAUGAUGUUGUUUGAUAUAAUAUGCAUCGGUUACGGGGGGAAAAUGCAGCUGCAGCACUCAGGUCGCUGAAAGAGAUAUGGAGGAACCUUCCUCCAAGCUGGACGCAGUCGGAUGAUCCCUGUGGGUUGCCUUGGGAAGGAGUCACCUGCAAAAACUCCAGAAUCUCUGCAUUGGGAUUGUCCAGCAUGGGUCUUAAAGGGAAGUUGAGUGGUGACAUUGGAGGGCUAACUGAACUAAGAUCCUUGGACUUGUCAUACAACCGAGACCUCGUAGGGCCAUUAACCCCACGGUUAGGCGAUCUGCAGAAGUUAAACAUCUUGUACAGUACCAUUUCUUGCUCCUCCUCCUUGUCUGUUUCUCUGUAAUGUGAUGGAUUGAUUACUUCUGUUCUUUACGUUUCUGAUAUGCUGUCUUGUUUUGCCAGAAUCUUGGUGGGAUGUGGCUUCAGUGGUGGAAUUCCAGAUGAGCUGGGGAAACUUUCAGAACUAUCCUUCUUGGCGCUCAACUCGAAUAACUUGACAGGAAGAAUACCCCCGUCAUUGGGGAACCUCUCCAAGCUUUACUGGUUGGAUUUGGCUGACAAUCAAUUGACAGGAAAUGUCCCAGUUUCCACACCGGACACUCCAGGCUUGGACCUCCUCCUCAAGGCUAAGCACUUUCAUUUCAACAAGAACCAGCUCUCAGGUCCCAUUCCUCCCAGGCUUUUCAGUCCUGAGAUGGUCCUCAUACAUGUACUGUUCGAUGGGAAUCAACUCAAUGGAAGUAUCCCAGACACGCUAGGACUAGUUGUGACCAUUGAAGUUCUCCGAUUGGAUAGAAACGCUUUGGUUGGAAGGAUACCCUCGAAUCUGAACAAACUUCUGAACAUCAAUGAACUGAACUUGGCGCACAACAGAUUAACCGGCCCCUUGCCAAACUUAACAGGAAUGAAUAACCUCAAUUACGUAGACCUCAGCAGCAACUUUUUCGAACCCUCAGAAGCUCCUACUUGGUUCUCCACCUUGCCAUCUCUUACCACUUUGGUUAUGGAACAUGGAUCACUUCAAGGACCUCUGCCACCAAAGAUCUUCAGUUUCCCACAAAUACAGCAAGUGUUAUUGAAUGACAAUGCCUUCAACGGCACAUUAAGCAUGGGCGACAGCAUUAGUCCACAACUUCAGCUUGUUGACCUGCAGAACAACCAGAUUUCCUCUGUAACACUAACUGCUGGGUACACCAACACAUUAAUACUAGUGGGAAACCCGGUCUGCACGGCUCUAUCCAACACUAACUACUGCCAACUCCAGAGGGAACAGUCCUCCAAAUCUUACUCCACAAGCCUCGCCAACUGUGGGACCAAACUCUGCACAGCUGACCAGAAGCUCAGCCCGCAGAGCUGCGACUGUGCGUACCCAUACGAAGGCACAUUAUACUUCAGAGGGCCUUCCUUCAGGGAUCUGACGGAUGUGAAUACUUUUCAUGCACUGGAGAUGAGCCUCUGGGUGAAGCUAGGACUUACCCCUGGCUCUGUCUCGCUCCGGAACCCGAUUUUCAACUCUGAUGAUUAUCUCCAGAUCCAGCUAGCCCUUUUCCCCCCUGCUUCUGGUGGAAAGUACUUCAACAGAUCGGAAAUCCAGAGAAUUGGAUUUGACUUGAGCAAUCAAACCUACAAGCCUCCCCAUGAAUUCGGACCUUUCUAUUUCAUUGCAUCCCCAUACCCUUUCCCAGGGGACCAUGGAAGAGCUUCCAUCGGCAGAGGCCUUGUAGCUGGGAUAGCAAGCGGCUGCUCCGUUCUGGUUCUGUGCCUUGUUGCUGCAGCCAUUUAUGCCAUUCGUCAGAAAAAACGUGCAGAGAAGGCUAUUGUGUUUAGUAAACCGUUUGCAGCAAGUCGGAAGGAUAGCAGUGGUGGAGCAGGGGCACCGCAGUUGAAGGGAGCAAGAUGGUUCUCCUAUGAGGAACUAAAGAAGUGCACUAGUAACUUCUCAGGAAGCAAUGAGUUGGGUUCUGGAGGCUACGGCAAGGUGUAUAGAGGAAUGCUUUCUGAUGGGCAGAUAGUUGCUGUUAAACGAGCUCGACAAGGAUCAUUACAGGGCGGGCAGGAGUUCAAGACUGAAAUUGAGCUGCUCUCAAGAGUACACCAUAAGAAUCUCUUAGCCCUAAUUGGCUUCUGUUUCGAACAAGGCGAACAGAUGCUGGUUUACGAAUUUAUGCCCAAUGGUUCUCUCAAGGAAAGUUUGACAGGGAAAUCAGGCAUUCAUCUUGACUGGAGAAGGAGACUCCGAAUCGCCCUUGGCUCGGCUAGAGGGCUCGCUUACCUUCACGAGCUUGCAAACCCUCCAAUCAUCCAUAGAGACAUCAAGUCCACCAAUAUCCUUUUGGACCAAAACUUGAGUGCCAAGGUUGCUGAUUUUGGCUUGUCCAGGCUCGUCUGUGAUAGCACCAAGGGCCACGUUUCAACUCAGGUUAAAGGUACCUUGGGAUACCUGGAUCCGGAAUACUACAUGACGCAGCAACUGACGGAGAAGAGCGACGUGUACAGCUUCGGAGUGGUGGUGCUAGAACUGGUGACGGCGAGGCAGCCAAUUGAGAAAGGAAAGUACAUCGUCCGCCAAGUGCGGGCGAAGAUGACGCUGGAAGCGGAGGAGGAGGAGGAGGAGGAUUACUGCGGCCUCAAGGACAUGAUCGAUCCGUCGAUCAUUGCGGAGGUGGGAACGGCGGGCACGAGCCUCCGGCGGGUUCUGGAACUGGCGAUGCAGUGCGUGGAAGAGUCGGCAGGGGACCGGCCGACGAUGAGCCAAGCGGUGAAGACGAUCGAGGAGAUCUUGCAGGAGGAAGGAGUGAACGGCAAUUCGACCUCCGCUUCCUCGUCGGCGACGGACUUCGGAAUUCAUUGCCUGAGAGGGGGAGGAGGAGGAGGCGGCGCAAAUCUCCGGCAGCAUCCGUACUGUGGAGGCAGCGGGGAGGUGUGUACUAGUUAUACGAAGAGCAAUAGCAGCGGCGGCGGGAAGGGGAAUUGUAAGGAAAAGUGUGACGCGUUUGAUUACAGCGGUGGCUACGCAGUUUCAACCACGGUGGAACCUAAGUAGCCGGCGAGGCUCGAUUAUCGCGGUUGCUUUCUCUACCUUUUUUUUGUUUUUUGGUUUUGGCGGAAAAAUUGACCAAAUGGUUGGUCGUGCUAUACGCCGUCGAUCUGCGUGUCCUUGAGAAGUAUUUCAAUGGUCAAUUACAAGAUCCAUACUCCGGCCUACCACUAAAUUAUGAAAAUUGGAGGAUCAUAU